AUGUCGUCCGAGCGCCGCGCCGCCCCGCGCAAGCGCAAGAACAUCUCCACGGUCCUGGCGAACGUGGACAAGACGAACAACAAGGUCGCCCCGUUUCUCUCGAAGCUCUCGACCUUAGUAACCUCGAUGCCGACCGAGGUCGGCGGCUGGACGGACGACGGCCUGUCCUUCCUCGUGAAUGACGAGCUCGCGUCGCGCACGGUGCUCCCGCAGUACUUCUCGCACACGAACUUCCGCAGCUUCUGCCGCCAGCUCUCCUGCUACGGCUUCCGCAAGACGCGGAGGCGAAAGCUCUCGCAAGCCAACGGCCAGUCGGGCUGGUCCGAGUUCCAGCACGCGCUCUUCCAGCGCGACCGCCCGGAGCUCCUCUGCCAGAUCCGCCGCAUGGAACACCUCUCGCCGUCCGACGGCUCGCGCGCCGCCGGCUCGGACCGGCCGCGCUCGCGCGCGCCGCCGAAGCGGCAGCGCUCCAAUUCUGACAUGUCCGACGAAGACGCCGCCGCGGCGCUGCGGGGGGUCUUCACGCGGACGCCGCGGCCCUCCGGCUCGGGCAUCGACGGCCUCGCGGUGCUGACGGCCGCGCUCUCGGCCCAGGCGCCGGCCGCCGCGCCGCAGCAGACUCCGGCGCCGGUCACCGUCGACGCGCCCGAGACGCCGGCCGUCGAUCGCCGCCUGACGACGGGCGCGAGCGCCUGGCCGGCGGCCGCGCCGUUCUCGACGCCGCGCGACGCCGAGCCCGUGGCGCGCACGGUCUCCACCACGGAGGGCGACCCCGCCGCGGCGCCGGACGUCAAACUUCUCCAGAACCGCGUCGCGACGCUGGAGCAGAUGCUCGUCGAGCGCGACGCCUUCAUCUCCCAGCUCUUCGCCAAGACGCACCCCGGCGCCGACGGCGCGGCGCCGUCGGUCACGCCGCGGCAGCCGCCGCCGACGGUCGACGUCGAGGCGCCGCCGCUCGCCAAGGCCGAGGAGGCCGACGGCGACGCCUCGCCGAAGAACGUCGCCUCGGUGCCGGCGUCGGACGAGCGCGCGCCGACCGUCGCGUUCGCGGCGCCGUUGUGCGUCGAGCCGCCGCCGGCCAGCGUGGCGGUCUGAUACCCCUCCCCCCUGCCGGUCGCCACGCGCCUCGCGGCCGUGGUUGCCCUUGACUAUCCUAUCAUAUACUAACAAUACAAAAAACACAAUCUUCUUCUACUCAGAGGCGCGCCAGAACGAGAGGAUGUUCCGAUAAGCAGCGGGCGCCUGGGCUUAAGACCACGUACGUACAGUCAAUAGGCUUGCUCCGCGGGACGCCUCCUGAGUCGGCCAAAAAUCAAGCAAAAAAACCCGAGACCGGGAAGAGUCUCGAGUAAUAAAUCCGGGCCCAGCGCGAGAACCGCGCGCGGAGACCGCUUCAGAUCUCGAAAACAAGAGGAUCGUCCGUUAAAAACGCGCCGGCCCGCGCCGCCGGGCGCGGGCGCGGCACGAGCUCGGGCUCGGGAGGAGCUAAAAAAAAGAGCUCAUGCGGUGUGGUCGAAGCUCGUGGACGCGGGCCUGGACGCGGGCGAGUACACUCCGGCGACGAAACCGGAGGUCGAAGCCGCGCGCGACGCCGCAAAGCGCGCGUCCGAAGCCCUGGAGACGAAGCUCUAUGAGGCGGUCGUCGAGCACCUGACGAAUGUGGACGCGGAUGCCGCGGCGUCGGCCAUCGCCGACGUACGCGACAUGGUUCGUCCCACGAACAAUUUGCCCGGCGUGAAGUGGUUCAGAUUCGACGCCCUCCUGGCGGCCGCCGUGCGUGCGAUGGCGGCGGCGCGGGCGCGCGGUGGUCGCCCAGUGCUCUUCAGCGCGGAGACGCUCGGAGAGGCUCUGCUUAUGUCGAAAGUUCAAGCGAGCCUCUCGAUAUGGCCGUUCCUGGACCUGCUGAAGAAGGGCGACGCUCGGGCUCGCCAGGUACGGUUGAAGCUCGCGGGCGCGCUGGACGGGGGCGUGGACGAGUACACGCUACCGAGUCGGGAGGAGGUCGAGGCCAAGCGCAAUGACGCGCGCGCGGCCGCCGCUGCAAACGCGCCGCCGCCGCCGCCGGCGGCGCCGCCAGCGCCUCGCGAACGGUCACAGCGCGCCAGGCGUGACCCGCGGGCCGGGUGGGACAGGUAG